GUCAGAGGACAACUUUCGGGAGCUGGUUCCGCCAUGCGGGUCCUGGUCAAAUCAGCAGGAAGGACAGUUCCGGGGAGGGCCCUGCCCACGCCGGGUGCAUAAAGGCCCAGCCCAGCCGGCAGCCACCGCCCACCGGCAGCCAGAGCCGUCCGAUCCGCGCCACCAUGAGAGGCGCCCGCCUCUGCCUACUGCUCGUGGUGGGCACCUUACUGAGUCUGUCAAGAGCCAGAAGUCAGAUGGAUAGGGGCUGUGCCGAAUGGUGCCCUCACAAUUCAGAAUGUAUCGAUAGUGAAAGGUGUCGCUGCAAGGCAGGCUUCACGUCAUCAGUGAUAGUCAUUGAAGACCCCUCAGUGAGCUGUGAAGAUAUCAACGAAUGUGUACAGGUCAACUGUGGAUCAUACGCCAAGUGUGAGAACACAGAGGGGAGCUACUUCUGCAUCUGCAACCCGGGAUAUAAGCUUCUUUCUGGAGCAGAACGUUUCACUAACAAUAGUGAGAACACAUGUCAAGCAUCAGUGGACACUGGGAUGACACCUGUCCCCUCCCGGAUCCACACAGUUACUACUGCACCUGGAAGUCUCCCUGAGCAGCCGGCUACAGUGCACCCACGGGAACCGCCUGGAGACUCGGGAGAAAGGACACCCAAGGAUGUGGAUGAAUGUGCUUCCGGGCAAAACCUCUGCCACCAAUCCACCCAUUGCAUCAACAAAUUGGGCAACUAUUCUUGCAUCUGUCGCCAAGGCUGGAAACCUGUUCUUGGAUCCCCCAAUGGCCCAAUCGACACCAAGUGCGAAGAUGUGGAUGAGUGCAGCUCCGGGCAGCAUCGGUGCCACCGCUCCACCAUGUGCAUUAAUACUCUGGGCUCGUACAAGUGCCGCUGUCGCCCAGGUUGGAAGCCACUUUCUAAGCACGUCAAUAGGCCAAGGGACACCAAGUGCCAAGAAGCAGACUUCCCUACCUGGACGCUGCUGCCCACAGCCCAUAGCCAGAGUCUCUCUCGCUUUUCUGUUGAAGUUCAGAAUCUGCUUAGAGACUUCCAUCCAGCCACAGUCACCGACACCAUCCAGAAACUCAUUGAGGCUGUGGACAAGCUGGUGGAAGCCCCCAUGGAUAUGGACCACCUAGCCCGCCACCGAGUGGCCACCCAGCUGCUCUCCAACCUGGAACAAAGCCUUCGGACAUUGGCCCAGUUCUUACCCAAAGGCCCCUUUACCUACACGUCCCCUUCAAACACUGAACUGUCUCUGCUGAUCAAGGAGCAAGACAACAAAGAUGUUACCACAGUGUACCACAACCAAGGUUGGAUGAAGCUGGACUGGGCUGUGACAAGUGGAGCCAAAAGCUCAGAAAAUGGCUACUCCAUGGCAGGCAUCCUAUCCAGUCCAAACAUGCAGAAGCUGCUGGCCGAUGCCCCCGUGAGCCUGGACACGAGGUGGGAUACACUGGAGGAACGUUAUGGAAGCCCAGUUCUAAAUGUUACAUUUACACUCCAUUCGAACAUCAGUUCCAUCUUUCUGACCAACACGGACACUGAGAAGCUUGCCUCAAAUGUCACGUUCAGAUACUCGUAUUUGAAUGGCUCAAUUCCAUCACGUAAAGAGCUGCUAUGUGCCUUCUGGAAAGUCUCUGACGAUGGGAGUGGGAGCUGGGCCACUGACGGCUGCUCAAUGAAUGGCACUGGUUUCUGCCACUGCAACCACCUGACCAGUUUCGCCAUCCUAAUGGCCCAUUACCAGGUGCAGGACCCGAGGCUGGCCCUGAUCACCAAGGUGGGGCUGUCCAUCUCCCUCCUCUGCCUGCUGCUGUGUGUCCUGACCUUCCUGCUGGUGAAGCCCAUCCAGAGUUCUCGGACCAUGGUGCACCUGCACCUGUGCGUCUGCCUGUUCCUGGGCUCCGCCAUAUUCCUGGCAGGCAUCGAGAACGAAGGGGGUGAGGUGAGCCUGCGCUGCCGCCUGGUGGCGGUGAUGUUGCACUACUGCUUCCUGGCAGCCUUCUGCUGGAUGGCACUGGAGGGCGUAGAGCUCUACUUCCUUGUGGUGCGAGUGUUCCAGGGCCAAGGCCUGAAUACAUGGUGUCGCUGCCUGCUUGGCUACGGCGUGCCCCUCCUCAUCGUGGCCAUCUCAGCAGCUGUCAAAAGGGAGGGCUAUGGGCAUCCAACAUACUGCUGGCUGGACUACAGGAAGGAGGGCUUUCUCUGGAGUUUUGUGGGACCCAUGGCCUUCAUCAUUUUGUGUAAUGCUGCCAUUUUCGUGAUCACUCUCUGGAAGCUCACAAUGAAGUUUUCUGAGAUCAAUCCAAACAUGAAGAAGUUAAGGAAGGCGAGGGUGCUGACCAUCACAGCCAUUGCCCAACUUCUCGUGCUCGGUUGUACCUGGGGCUUCGGCCUGUUCCUCUUCAACCCCCACAGCCUAUGGCUUUCCUACAUCUUUACCCUGCUCAACUGCCUGCAGGGCCUUUUCCUGUAUGUCAUGCUCUGCCUGCUCAACAAGAAGGUGAGGGAAGAGUACUGUAAGUGGGCCUGCUUGGUUGCUGGGAACAAGUACUCGGAGUUCAACUCUUCCACAACAGGCACUGGCACCAGAGCUCUCAGGCCCUCAGAAUCAGGGAUGUGAAGGCAAGUUCCAGCCAGGACAGCAGCACAUACUCAAGGUCAUCACUCUUCUGCCUUGUGUCCCUUGUGUCUUCCUACGUUUGCUAGAGAAGGGAUAUAUACACCUGGCAGUGAGCCCUGUAACGGGCUCAUCCUGCUUCUGGUUGCCUCUUUGCCCCACCACAGCUGCUGCCUACCCAGAAACAGAAGGCAGCCAGCCCACUGCCCUGGUGGAUGAGGCAGGCAGUCCUAGGACAGAAGUAGAAGUCCCUUAAUCUGAGCUCUUUGGCAUGUAAGAGGCCAGGGUGCUGCGUUCAAAUUUCUUAACCUAAGACUAAUAGCAUGUCAGCCACUGAGGACCCUGCCUGCUGCUGAGCCGCACGGUACAGAGGCCCAGCUGCCCCACAUCCAGGGCAGAAGGGUCCCAAGUUAAAAGGUUGUUUUAUAAUUUUUUUUAAACCUGUAAGCCUUUCAAUGUUGACACACGAAAUUAAAUAUGAUACUGAUGUAAAA